GCGCGAAACAAUCGGCAAAGUUAUGAGCUCGAAGCCGCUGAGACACGCGUUUCUCUGUAGCGAAGAGAAAACGAUAUAGAAACCCUGACAGUGUGAGGAAUACGUGCAAAGACUAAGGACAACAAUGACGUAUUUUAACGGGGAAGCUAUGAUUGAUGUCAACAUUGGAUUCUCUUACUUUCAGAACUUCGCGUGGUGAACAGCAAGCCUUCUGCUUCUACUGUAUACAAGUGUAUGUGAGUGUUGCGAACUGCGUCUAUCUGCAUUACUAAAAGUGUAAUUUUUUCGUGUGUGCGUGUUUCCUGCUGAGAUUUACUUCAAGAGAAGACAGAUGAAAUGAACUAAAUGGAUAAAUACAUUCCAGGAGUACUGUUUCUACUUUGCGUGUCGUCUUUUACUGCUGCAGUUAACGCACUAUGCAACUGUGGAACAGACUGUAAUGGCAGCUGUUCCCCAGGCACCUACUUUCAUACUAACUCAAGCACAUGCCAGACAUGCCCCCAAGGGGCCUACUGUCCUGGUGGAGCACAACCCAUGAUAAAAUGUAAAGCAGGAGCAUACAGCGCACAGACUGGGCAGUCUAGUUCUACCAGCUGUGUAAGCUGUCCUGCAGGUCAAUAUUCAGAUCAGGAUGGGUCAACAAGCUGCAAAAGCUGUCCUGUAGGCCAUGCAUGUUCAUCCAAUGGCACUAGCACACCAACCAGUUGUGGAACUGGACAGUAUGCCUUGGGAGGUGCCAGCAAAUGUGUUGUUUGCCCCAUAGGGUCCUAUUGCCCAAAUUCGGGAAAUUCAUCAGUUUUGUGUGAUGCAGGAUAUUACACUUCUAGUACAGGUCAGACUAGCUGUGUUCAGUGUCCAGCAGGAUCACAGUGCCCCAAUCGAGGAGCACCUGUGGUAUGUCCAGCAGGCUUGUACAGUACACUGGGCCUGGGUUAUUGCCUACCUUGUCCGGCAGGGACAUACUCUGGCAGCCAAGGGUCCAGCUCCUGCUUACCAUGCACCAAAGGCCACUACUGUGGCAAUGCCACCUCAGUCCCACAAGCUUGCAGUGCUGGUUAUGUUGCUUCUGCUGGCAGCUCUGUCUGCACUCUAUGUUCCUCAGGCAGUAUUACUGAUUCAAGUCAGGAGAUGUGUCAGCAAUGUCCAGCCGGCAAAGAAUGCACCAACCCCACACUUACUCCAAUAAACUGUACACUGGGCACCUACUCUUUGUUAGGUGAUGCCAAAUGUACUCAGUGUCCAGCUGGAUCCUAUUGUCCUGUUAUCACUAAUGCACCAGUGGCCUGCCCUUCAGAUACAUAUUCUGAGGCUGGAUGGGUGACAUGUCGACAGUGUCCUGCAGGAUAUCAAUGUCCAAAUGCUUCCUCCGCUCCUGUACAGUGUUCUCCUGGCUACUACAGUGCUUUAGGCUCCAUGACGUGCAGUCAGUGCAUUGCUGGGAAUUAUUGCCCAAAUGGUUCUUCAAGCAUGACAACUUGUCCUUCAGGAUACUACUCACUUGAUGGGGCUUCAUCAUGCAUAGGCUGUCCUUCAGGCCAGUCAUGUACUACAACUUCUGCGACUGUCUGUGCAGAUGGAACAUACUCUCUGGGUUAUACCACUAGUUGCACACCAUGUCCAGCAGGUUAUAAAUGCCUUGACAAAGCCAGUUCUCCAGUGGCUUGUAAUCCAGAGUAUAGCAUCAAUGCCUCUUCCUCUGGAUGUCAGAUUUGCCCAGCUGGGUAUAGUUGUGCUUCAGCUGCUGCCUUUCCUACAAUAUGCCCUACUGGAUAUCAGAGUUCAUCAGGGCAAACAUCUUGUGUGGAAUGUCCUCGUGGGUACAGAUGUCCUAGUAUGACAGACCCAACCCAAAAUGUUGCUUGUGCCCCAGGAACCUACUCCAUUGCUGGACAGACUAUUUGUACAGCAUGUCCUGCUUCUAACUAUUGUCCCAGUACAGAGGAGGCUUUGGUAUAUAUUUGUCCGCAAGGUUCUUACUCAACAGGAAGUGCAACAUCAUGUACAGUGUGCCCAGCUGGCAAAAAAUGCCCAAACAAGGAUGGGUCUGGGAUUGCGAACUGUGUAGUUGGAACUUACUCUUUAGCUGGGUCAACAGUGUGCACAAGCUGUCCACCUGGUUUUGCUUGUCCACUCACUGAUAGUGAUGCAAAAAUUGCCUGUCCUGCUGGCUCAUACUCAACUGGGGGGCAGAGUAGCUGCACCACUUGCCCUGCUGGCAGUGCCUGUCCUUCCACCACUGUGGCCACUACAAUAUCUUGUGGCAAUGGAAUGUACUCUGAUAACAACUCUACUUCUUGCACCCAGUGUCCACCUGGUUUUGCCUGUCCUAACACCAAUGCUGCCACUGUAACGCCUUGCCUAGAUGGGUAUUACUCCCUAGGUGGUGCUUCAAGCUGCACUUCAUGUCCAGAAGGGUACAGCUGCCCUCAUAAGGAUCAGGGCCCAGAACUAUGCCCUACUGGAUAUUACAGUGCUCCGCAAAAAACUAACUGUACUGCAUGUGAACCAGGCUAUGAGUGUCCAACAGCUCUAGCCUCCAGUAAGACUCAGUGCAUAGCUGGUUACUACUCUAGUGGGAUGGCUCUUACCUGUCAACCUUGUUCCUAUGGCUACACCUGCCCUGCAGGCUCAGCCUCUCCAUCGCCAGCAGAAUAUGCUUGUGCCAAGGGAGGAUGGUGUAAUGGCAAAGAUUUCUAUCCAUGUCCAGCAGGAACCUACAAUCCUUUCAAUGGUUCCAAAACUGAAAAGGAUUGUGUUACAUGCCCUGCAGGCUACUACUGUGUGGGCCCUGGUGUUGAGGAUUAUAGCAGCUUCCCUUGUGUGGCUGGUCAUUACUGUUUGGCAGGAACAGUAAAAGCUACUCAGUAUCCUUGCCCAGGUGGGACAUACAUGAUAGAUACCAAUGCUACCAGCUCUACCCAGUGCCUGCCAUGCCCUCUAGGGAAAUAUUGUCUCCAGGGCUCAAACACUGCAGGGCAAGAUUGUCCACGAGGAUUCUAUUGUACUGGAAGCCAGGCCUCUGCACACCAGAACCCCUGUCCUAUUGGCACAUAUGGACCAGACCUUGGAUUUGACAACUACACCCAGUGUGUCAUAUGUCCUCCUGGCUUCUUCUGCCCAAUGGGAACUGCAACACAACCUACUAGUGCUCCAAUGCCAUGCGUUCCAGGCACAUAUAAUCCCAAUAACAACACUGGUCACCCCAUCAACUGCCAUAAGUGCCCAAAAGGUUUUGCCUGCCCUUUUCCUAACCAGACUGACUAUUCUCUACCCUGCAAAGAAGGUUAUUACUGUCCCUUGGGUACAAUAACUGCUGACCAGUACCCAUGUCUACCGGGAACCUUUACUGGACGUACCAACCUAACAUCUGCUGAUGAGUGUGAUCCCUGCCCACUAGGAUUUUACUGUAACUGGGGAACAGGAGGGACCAUAUCUCCACCACAGCCAUGUGGUCAGGGUCAUUACUGUCCCUUGAUGACACUCCCGACAAGAUUUCCUUGCCUUGCAGGCACAUACUCUAACAAAUCUAACCUUUAUGAAGCUUCUCAGUGUGAUAUCUGUCCUGAGGGCUUCUAUUGUAAUGGUGGAGAAUCCAAACCGACAGACUCUUGCCCACCUGCUUACUACUGCCCUGCUGGCACAAAGUUUUGGUCACAGUAUGGGUGUGAGAAUGGCACAUAUAAUCCAUCUUACGGCAAAUCUGACAGAUCUGCUUGUCUUGUAUGCUUGCAGGGUAAUUUCUGUGAGUUUGCGGUGACAGUCCCUACCCCUUGUCCAAGAGGAACAUAUAUGCCUUAUGGAGCUGAUGGCUUUGGAAAUGUAACUGGGCAAGGACUGCAAGCAAAAAGCCAGAGUGACUGCAUUGCCUGUCCUGGAGGUUAUUAUUGUGCAGAAAAAACUGUUACACCAGCUGAGUGUGGAUUAGGAAAAUAUAGUAAGAUAGGACAGGAUCAGUGCCUUGACUGCAAACCAGGUUACUACUGUGACAAUAUGACCACAUCAGAAAUGGAUAUGCUAAAGAACAAGAAGUGUCCAGCAGGCAAAUACUGUGCUGGAGGUCUCUCUGAUGUCUCCAAGGCCACUGCUUGUUCCGUUGGAAAAUAUUGUCCAGAAGCUACUCCAGUGGAGAUCAACUGUCCAGUUGGUACCAUUCGUGCAACAGAGGGUGGAGCCAAUAUAAGUGUGGAUUGUGUGCCUUGUGGAGCAGGCUCUUACUGUCUUGAAGGGUCUUCAGCAAUUUCGGGGAAAUGUUUACAAGGCUUCUACUGCCCAACAGCUUUUCCUAACCCCUUUGGAACUGAACCACCAACAAUUGGGUCAUAUGGCAGUCAGCAGGAACCUUGUCCUGCAGGCACAUUUACCAAUGUUUCUGGUACACCUGAUGUAAACAGCUGCCAGAUCUGCCCAGUAGGAUAUUAUUGUCCUCAAGCAUCCCCCAGUCCUGUUGUUUGUCCCCAAGGUUACUACUGUGUGGAGCGUAGUGAAAAGCCAGCUCCAUGCCCUAUGGGCACAUAUGGCAAUAACACCAAGCUGGGUCAAAAAUCCGAGUGCAUGCUUUGUGACCCUGGAAGCUACUGUGAUGCCCCGGGACUACUGCAGCCUCGGGGCCCUUGUGACCCUGGGUACCUGUGUUUUAGAGGUGCCUCAACUUCAGCGCCUACUGAUGGUGCAACAGGAUCAUUGUGUCCGGCAGGUGGAUACUGUACGCUAGGAUCAUAUGAAGCCAAGCCUUGCCCAGCAGGAACCUACAGCAAUGCGACUGGUGCUGUCAACAACUAUGACUGUUUUAAGUGUGACCCAGGGUACUACUGCUCCUCUGUAGCAGGUGGAGAACCCACCGGACAGUGCUGGGGUGGUUAUUUCUGUACUGGAGGUGCCAAGACACCUCGUGAGAACAUAACUUCACCUGGUUAUUAUGCACCAAAUGGUUCUGUGGCACAAGUGGAAUGUGAAAUUGGCACUUACAUGCCUUACUAUGGAGCUUCAGAAUGCUUUGUUUGUGAGCCAGGCUUCUUUUGCGAUAGCAAAGCCUUGAAUGAGUCUCAGCCAUGCCCAUUAGGAAACUACUGUCCCAGAGGCACUCACACACCACAGACCUGCCCUCCUGGCACAUUCUCUAACCAAACCCACAUGACAUCCAUAGAAAAUUGCACAGCAUGUCCAGCUGGCUACUACUGUCAGGACAGAGGUCUUUUUCAACCAACUGGCAAAUGCAAAGCUGGUCAUAUAUGUUAUGGUGGUGCCACUGCGAGUGACCCAGUGUAUAACAAUGAUCCCUCUGGUAACAAGACAAUUAUCACAUGGGGAGACUCGUGCCAUGCUGGUUAUUACUGUCCUGAGGGCACAGCACUCAUGGUUGCAUGCCCACGAGGAACCUACAACCCAGACCGUAGGGGGCAGACGGAAGAAGCAUGUGUGAAGUGUGACCCUGGAAAGUACUGCAAUGGAACUGCCUUAACGGAGCCUUCGGGGCUGUGUCUUCCAGGCUAUUAUUGCACUGGAAACUCAUCAUUGCCUGAUCCUGCGGAUGGGUUGACUGGAAACAUUUGUCUAAUGCACCAUUUCUGUCCAGGAGGAAGCAGUGUUCCACAGAAAUGCAGCAUUGGGUAUUUUGCAAACAAUACUGGAUCCUCAGCAUGUCUUCUGUGCAUUGCUGGCUAUCUUUGUUAUCCUGGAGAAGCCCCAAGGAUCUGCCCACGUGGUUACUAUUGCGUGGCCAGCACUCAGGCAAUUCCAGUAACAGCAGGAAAGCCGUGUCCUGUUGGCACAUAUGGAGCAAGAGAUGGGCUUUCUUCUGCAUCGGAAUGCAGUCCAUGUGAUGCUGGUUACUACUGUGAGACUGAAGGUCUGACAAAUGCCACAGGUGUGAUCAGUGCUGGUCACUGGGCCUUGCAAGGAGCUCGGAAGGCCACUCCGCAAGAAACAGACAAUGAUAUGUAUGGUCUAUGUCCCAAGGGAAGCUAUUGUAUUGAAGGCAGCACCUGGCCUCAGCCAUGCCUUGCUGGAACUUAUGGGGACAUAAGGGGCCUGACAGGCAAAGAACAAUGCAAAAUUUGUCCUGGAGGCAAGUACUGUCCAUAUGACAAUAUGACAUCUGUGAGCCUUGACUGUGAUGCUGGUUACUAUUGUUCUGGAGGAUCCCCGGUGAGCAACCCAGUCAACCAGAGCUAUGGCAGUGAAUGCCCUAAAGGCUACUAUUGUCCAAGUGGAUCUGCAGCACCCAUUCCAUGUGCAGCCACAAAAUACACCAAUCACACUCGAAGCAUAAUCUGCAUUGACUGCCCUGCUGGUCACUACUGUCCUGUCAACACGAGUGACCCUAUCCCAUGCCCUCAAGGCUACUGGUGUCUGGAUAAAUUGGAGUUGUAUAAGGAUUCAUGCCCAGCUGGUACCUUUAAUAACAUCACUGGCGCCACUUCUUCUACUGACUGCUUGAAAUGCUCUCCAGGGUGGUACUGUGGGUCAAAGGGUCUGGCAAUGCCCACAGAUAGGUGUGAUCCAGGGUGGUACUGCACUGAAGGAGCAGUGUCAGCACGCCCCAGUGUAUCUGCACAGGGUGACAAGUGUCCAGCAGGCAGUUUCUGCCCACGUGGAAGCUCCCAGCCCUUACCAUGUACCCCUGGGUUUUACUGCAUCAAUGUUGGGUUGGAGUCUCCUACUGGAAACUGCAGUGAAGGCUAUUACUGUUUGGCUGGGUCAAAUACUGCCACACCUGUUGGCUCUGCCUUUGGUGAUGUUUGCCCUCCUGGUCAAUAUUGUCCAUCAGGUAGUGCUAAUGGUACAUACUGCCCACCUGGAACUUACUUAAAUACAACUGGGUCAAGGCAGGCGAGUGACUGCUUAAACUGCACACAGGGCAACUACUGUGAUGGUUAUGGCAAUGUGCUACCAGAUGGACCUUGUGCAACUGGUUUCUUUUGUCCACCAGGCAUGAACACACCAACUCCAGCAGAGUACACUUGUCCCCAAGGUUUCAGAUGUCCCUUUGGCAGCCAGGCACCAAUACGUUGCAGCAGUGGAACAUACCAAGAUGAGAAAGGGCAAGGAUCCUGCAAGACAUGUCCUGCUGGCUUUUUCUGUGACAACAGAUUUGCUCCUGUAGUCCUGUUCAAUAACUCCAUCUGUCCUGAAGGUUAUUACUGCCCGAGUGGCACACAGUAUGCUACACAGUAUAGGUGUCCGCGGGGAACAUUCAGUAACUAUACUGGUCUCCAGACUGCUUCUGACUGCCAACCUUGUCCAGGGGGAUACUACUGUGAUCAAGAAGCUCAGACCUCCUAUUUCAAAAUAUGUGAUGCUGGCUUCUACUGCAAGCAGUAUGCAGAAUCAGGAACACCUACUAAGAAUAGUGAUGCAAAUGAGUGUCCAUCUGGACACUUCUGUCCACAACAAACAUCUGAGCCUCAUAAAUGUCCCUUGGGAACGUACUCCAACAUGACUAGACUCACUGACAUUGGACAGUGCCUCAACUGUACCCCUGGUUACUAUUGUGGAGAGACAAAUUUGAUUCACCCUAGUGGCCCAUGCCAGGCUGGCUACUUUUGUCCAUUGGGUUCAUUUGAUGCAACAGCUGUAGACUGUCCGCCUGGUUACUUUUGCAAUGGCAGCAAUGCUGUCCCUGACCCAUGUCCAAAAGGAUCUUAUUCAAAUCAAAGUAACCUGGUCUCAGAGAGCGAGUGUGAUGCCUGUCCAGGGGGUUGGUACUGUGAAACCGAUGGCUUAACGCAUCCUACAGGUCUUUGUGGUGAAGGUUACUACUGUCCAGAAGGUUCCAUCUUCAAAGAACCACCCAAUAGCUAUUGCCCUAUUGGUCACUUUUGUCCUGAGGGGUCAUCUCAGCCUCUUCCCUGUCGCAACAACAGUCAUGUAAAUCACACUCAUGCCAUACAGUGCUAUGACUGCCCUGCUGGAUACUAUUGUGAACUGGCUGGUAUGAGCAUCGUAUGUCCAGAGGGCUACUACUGUCCAGCAGGAACUGGGCUGGACUGGCAGGCGUGCCCUAGGGGCACUUACAGCAAUGUGGCUGGUCUUUACAAGGAGAGCCAGUGUAAACCAUGUUCUGCCGGCAAGUACUGUGAUGGAGAACACCUGACCUCGGAGACAGGUGAUUGUGCACCUGGUUAUUGGUGUUUGUCUGGGGUGGACCGAGCUUACCCUGGUGGCAACAACUACUCCAUGAUCUUGAACAACACCUGCUAUGAUGAUGGUAUGGUUGGAACUGGUGGACGUUGUCCAGUGGGUUAUUUCUGUCCUGGAGGUCUGUCCAGCAUAUUCCCAGUAUCCUGUGAUAAUGGCACUUAUGCUGAUAUAGAGGGACUUUCCAUCUGCAAAGAUUGUCCUGAAGGUUAUUAUUGUCCACUUGAAACAUCUAACUAUACAGAAUUUCCUUGUCCUUUGGGGCACUACUGUCCAAAAAAAACAAAGUGGUGGAACCAGUAUCCUUGUGGUGUAGGUACAUACAACAACCUUACAAUGCGUACGAAGGCAACUGACUGCUUAUCCUGCCCAGGAGGUCAGUUUUGUGCACAAGCUGGGCUCCCAGAACCUUCUGGAUACUGCAGUGCAGGCUACUACUGCAGUGGUGGCUCAACCACACCAAUGCCCACCAACAGUAUUGAAGGUGGAAAGUGUCAGGAAGGUUAUUAUUGCCCACCUGGUUCCUACCAGCCAGUCUUGUGUAAUCCUGGCAGCUACUGUGCCGGCUCUGGUCUCAGCAACACUUCUGGACUCUGUUUUCCAGGCUACUAUUGCUCUGGUGGAGCCAGAGUCCCCAAUCCUGGGGAUCGCAAUAUUACAGGAGACAUAUGUCCGAAAGGAGCAUACUGUCGAGAAGGCAGUACAGCACCAUUCCUUUGUCCACCUGGCACCUACCUAAACAGCACUGGCAACAGUGAUAUCUCAGACUGUCUUGUAUGUACAGCCGGUCUCUAUUGUAGUGGAGGUGGCAGUGCUUUACCAAAUGGACCUUGUGCUGCAGGAUAUUAUUGCCCUGGUGGACAGGAAACUGCUAUGCCACUUGGGCUGAACUGUACUCUUGGUCACUAUUGCCCAGCAGGAAGGGACUAUCCUUCACCAUGUAUUUCCGGAUCCUAUCAAGAUGAGUAUGGCCAGGCAAGGUGUAAAAGCUGCCCUGCAGGCUAUUUUUGUAAUGGUGUUACAGAACCAGUCGUCAUGUACAAUAACUCUGCAUGUCCAAGAGGCUUCUAUUGUCCUGAAAAUACUACCAGAAGUAAUGAGUUUCCAUGUCCAGCAGGUACUUAUAACAACCUGACCCAUCGCACUUCAUGGAUAGAUUGCCAGCUUUGCCCAGGAGGAGAGUUUUGUGAACAACAAGGGCUGGUCAACCCCACAGGAAAAUGUAGUGCUGGAUAUUACUGUACUGUGGGUGCCAACAGCUCCACACCAUCUCAAGGCACCAGUGCAAAUAUCUGUCCAAAAGGUUUCUAUUGCCCCGAAGGCAGCGUAGUACCAGUGUCAUGUCCACUUGGUAUGUACAACCCAUCUGUUGGGCGACACAGCAUUGAUGAGUGUACAAACUGUUCAGGAGGGAGAUAUUGUCCUUAUUACAACAUGACUUCUCCAGGACCUUUGUGUGAGCCGGGCUAUUACUGUCCAAGUGGAGCAGAUGUGUCAAACUACCUGCUGUGCACAGAAGGAUCAUAUUGCCCUGAAGGAAGUGAUGUACCUGUACCAUGCCCUUCUGGAACAUUCUCCAACAUGACGGGCCUGGGAAAUGUUUCUGAGUGCUCAGAUUGCACAGGGGGUUACUACUGUCCAGAUCCAGGUCAGACAAACGCAAACCUUCAGUGCUGGGGAGGAUACUAUUGUCCAUCUCAAAUGGCAGUGCCAAACCCUGUACGCUACAUAUGUCCAAAAGGUUUGCACUGUCCAAAUGGCAGUGAGAUUUACAAGGAGUGUCCUGAUGGCACCUACACAAGUACCCCUGGCCAAUCCAGCUGUGAAACCUGUCCACAAGGCUUUUUCUGUUUGCCAGUCACACCCAGUAAUGUUUCGCUAAGUCCAAGAGAAUGCCCACGCGGUUACUACUGCCCUCCAGGCACAGGGUCUGAUUGGAUGGCUUGUCCGAGUGGUACAUACAGCAAUGCAACAGGGCUGUACAAUGUACUUCAGUGCUUGCCUUGUGAUGCUGGCCAGUUUUGCUUAGGAGAGCACCUCACUUCUCCCACGGGCAUUUGCACUGCUGGAUACUUUUGUACAUCGGGUGUGGACCGCCCAACACCAGGAUUAGCAAACAACACAGCCGCCAUCAAUUGCUCAUGUCCAGAGAAAGCCUUUCACACAGGUGUUGGAGGAGUCUGUCCACUUGGCCAUUACUGUCCUGCUGGUUCAAGCCUGCCUGUGCAGUGUGCAGCUGGCACAUAUGCUGACCAGGAAGGACUGGCAAUUUGUCUUACCUGCCCAAAGGGCUAUUUUUGCAUGAGUAAUGCCACUCAGUUUACCAACUCCUUGUGUCCUGUGGGUCAUUAUUGUCCAAAUGGCACCAUGUAUGGCACACAGUGGCAAUGCCCUACAGGCACAUAUAAUCCAAGGACAGGUGCUAGCAGUGAAAGUGACUGCUUGCCUUGCCCAGGGGGACAGUACUGUGCAGGCAGGGGCAAUUCUCAACCAACAGGCAACUGCAGUUCAGGCUGGUAUUGUUCGGGCAGGUCUGACAGUCCUAACACAACUGCUUUUGGAGGAAAAUGUCUCCGUGGCUACUACUGUCCAGAAGGCUCAUCAGAUCCACAGCCAUGUCCAGGUGGACGGUAUUGUCUGACAGAUGGUUUGUCACAGCCUUCUGGUAAUUGCAGUGCUGGGCACUACUGUGUUCUGAAAGCAUCUGAAAUUGCACCCCUGGAUGGGGUUACAGGAGCUGUUUGUCCUGCAGGAUUUUUUUGUCCGGAGGGUUCAGCCUCUCCACUGCCUUGCAGCCCUGGAACAUACAGUCCAUCUUCUCAAAAUACUCAGGAAUCUGACUGUCUGGCCUGUACUGCAGGAGAGUAUUGUGGCAGCUACAAUCUCACAAAUACUACGGGCAGUUGCAUGGCAGGUUAUUACUGCCCUGAGGGAGAGGUGGGACCAAACUUAUACGAGUGCACAGUUGGUCACUUCUGUCCUGAGCAUAGUUCAGUCCCAGUGCUUUGCCCAAGUGGCUGGUAUCAAGAUGAGAUGAGACAGCCUACCUGCAAAAUAUGUCCACCUGGCUAUUAUUGUGACAACAGUCAUGGUGUGGUUGUCAUCAAUGACAGUGUGAAAUGUCCUGAGGGCCAUUACUGUCCAUCAGGAACAUUAUGGAAAGAUCAGUAUCCAUGCCCUGUGGGCACCUUCAGCACCCUCAUGGGUCUGAACCACAGUGAUAAGUGCAGCACUUGUUCUGGAGGAUAUUACUGUGACAAGGUGGGGCUCACCCAACCUGCAGGCCUUUGCCACCCUGGCUACUUCUGCAAGCAUGGUGCGCAAUACUCUACCCCUAACCAGACUGGCAAUGCUGGCAUCUGCCCACAAGGAUUCUACUGUGAGGAGGGUACAGUAGAUCCAGAAGCCUGUCCUCCAGGUACUUUUGGAUCAACUGUAGGUUUGCGCAAUGUCACCGAAUGCACGCUUUGUAGCCCUGGUUACUACUGCCAGACACCCGGGCUUACAGCCAGUGAAGGUCUUUGUAGUGCAGGCUACUUCUGUACAGAGGGUUCCAUCUCCAGCACAAGGGAGGUAUGUCCUCCAGGUGCUUUCUGCCCAAGAGGCACAAGUAUUCCAAGGAAAUGCCCUCAGGGUACAUUCAGUGCUUACUAUGGCCUAAACAGCUCCGCACUGUGCACACCCUGCACAGCUGGCCAGUACUGUGGAGAAGAAGGUUUAAACAGGACUUCUGGUCCCUGUGAACCUGGCUUCUUUUGUCCUGGAGGUCAGAACUCCUCCCGCCCAGCAGACUUUGUAUGCUUUGUGGGUCACUACUGCCCUCUAAACUCCUCACAGCCAUUGUUGUGUCCCAGUGGAAUGUACAUGAAUCAUACCAUGGCUUCUGAAUGCUACAUUUGCCCUGCUGGAUGGUAUUGUCUAGGAGGUGAUCAGCUUGAAAAAUGCCCUAAGGGCUAUUUCUGCCCUGAAAGGACUGGUACCAACUGGCAGUCUUGCCCACUGGGCACUUACUCCAACCAGACUGGACUUUCUCUUGAGAGCCAGUGCUCCCCUUGUCUGGGGGGUCAAUAUUGUGGUCAGCUAGCUUUAACUUGGCCAUCAGGGUUUUGCCAGAGUGGCUACUACUGUGAGUAUGGUGUGAACAGGGCAAGACCAAGUGGUAAUAACUCUCUUCUGCUGAAUGGUUCCUGCGUGAUGUCAGGUGGAGAGACAGGAUCAGGAGGGUUAUGUCCAGUUGGUUACUACUGUCCACAAGGAACCACUCAUCCCCUGCCCUGUGGUGCAGGCAGCUACAGCAGUGUGUCUGGCCUCACCUCUUGCUUACCUUGUCCUGCAGGCUAUUAUUGUCUUCAAGGAGCUGAGACAUACACUAACUUCCCCUGCCCUUCUGGUCAUUACUGUCCAGAGGGAACUUCCUUUGAUACACAGUUUCCAUGUCCAGCUAAAACUUUCUUCAAUCUCAGCAUGGCAAGGAGCAUCAUUGACUGCAUUCCUUGUUCAGGUGGCAAAUACUGUCAGACAGCUGGACUGAGUGCUCCCACAGGAGAGUGUUCUGCAGGCUGGUACUGCAGUGGCAACUCCUCCUCUUCUAUGCCCACUGCUCCAGAAGGAGGGGAGUGUAAGCCAGGUUUCUACUGUCCUCUGGGCUCCCAGGCUCCUGUACCAUGUGAUCCUGGACACUACUGUGAAACAGCUGGUCUGGCAUUGCCAACUGGCCUUUGCACUGCUGGAUACUACUGCAGUCUUCAAGCUAACACUUCCAUGCCAGUGGAUGGCAUCACAGGAAAUGUCUGCCUCGUUGGUCAUUACUGUCCAUUGGGUAGUUCUGUGCCUGUACCAUGUGAUGUAGGCUAUUAUCUGGAUGUGACACAGCAGGAUGCUGCAAGUGACUGCAAACUAUGCACUGCUGGAAAAUUCUGUCCUGGACAAGGUCAAGAACAUCCUGCAGGAAACUGUAGUGCUGGCUAUUACUGUCCUGGUGGACAAAAUACUGCUGCUCCACAUAAUUUCAGCUGCCCUAUAGGUCAUUAUUGCCCUGAAGGAAGUGUUGUUCCUAUCCGAUGUGAAAAUGGAACCUAUCAGGAUCAGACUACCCAAGCAGCAUGUAAGAUGUGCCUGGCUGGAUAUGUGUGUGACAACACUAUGGGCAUUGUCAUCUUGGACAACUCGACCACAGUAUGUCCCAAAGGAAGCUACUGCCCUGCUGGCACUCGAUUCGCUACCCAGUUCCUCUGUCCUAUAGGCACGUUCAACAACCAAACAGGUCUCAAGGCAAAGUCUGAGUGCUCUCCCUGUCCAGGGGGUUUGUUCUGCCCAGUACCAGGCAUUGUUUCUCCCACAGACUUGUGUGAUGCAGGAUACUUCUGCAAGCAAUUUGCCAACAUUUCCACGCCAAAUCAGGGUGCUGAUGCCAACAUCUGUCCGGAGGGUCAAUAUUGCCUAGUCGGCACUGCUGCUCCAGUAAAGUGCCCCAGAGGUACCUAUAGCAACAAGACUGGUUUGGGCAGCGAGUCUGAGUGCGUCCUUUGUCCCCCAGGCAGCUACUGUGCUGAGCUGGGGCUGACAGCUGUCACUGGGCUUUGUCAAGCAGGAUUUUAUUGUGAACUAGGCUCAAACCAGUCUCAGCAUCGCAUCUGCCCAGUUGGCCAUUAUUGUGAAAAGGGUUCAGGAUUGCCCUCUCCAUGUCCUGCUGGUAGCUACAGUUAUACUGAAGGUCUUACAGCAGCUGCCAACUGCACACAAUGUGAUCCUGGAAAAUAUUGCAACACCACAGGUCUCUCAUACCCAGUGGGUAACUGUGAUGCUGGAUUUUAUUGUCCUGGGGGAAACACUGUACCUAACCCUGUGGCUACUUUAUGUCCGAUUGGUCUACACUGUCCAGCGGGAAGUGCCAUGCCUCAGCCUUGCCUGCCAGGCUACUUCACCAAUUUUUCUCAAGCUACAGAUUGCCUUGAAUGUAUUGCAGGAUUCUACUGUGUUCCUGAGGAAGUCAUAGCAGGAAGCUCAACUUCAGGACACCGUUUGUGUCCAGAGGGAUUCUUCUGUCCACCUGGAACUGGACGUGACUGGUCACCAUGCCCUGUGGGAACAUUUAGUGAUGUGAAGGGCUUAAAAAAUGCUAGUGAAUGUCAGUUGUGCUCUGGAGGAUUUUACUGUGAUCGUACCAACCUGACUGCCCCAAGUGGACCUUGCAGCCAUGGCUUUUACUGCAGUUUUGGUGUGGAUACUCCAACUCCAAGCUCUGGAUACACUGGAGUUGGAGGAAUCUGUCCUGCAGGGUACAAGUGUCCUCCACAGUCAACCAUACCAACUGGAUGUGAACCAGGCACCUAUCAGGACCAGACAAAUCAGGGAAGCUGCAAGGUAUGUCCUGCUGGCUAUUACUGCCUCAGUAACAGUACCACCUACACUGAUAAAGUGUGUCCUGGAGGCCACUACUGCCCCAAUGGAACACGGUCUGACACACAGUUCCCUUGCCCAGCUGGCACCUUCAACAACCAUACAGGUCAGGCCAGUAUUGCUGCAUGCACUGCCUGUACACCUGGUUAUUUCUGUGCUUCUCCUGGUCUGAGCCAGCCAACUGCACCUUGUGAUCCAGGCUGGUACUGCACCCUGGGUGCUUCUCUUCCCACCCCUUCCUCUCCACAGGGAGGAAAGUGUCUGGCAGGAACCUACUGUCCUCUAGGGAGCUCUGAGCCAACAGGUUGUGACUUGGGGAAAUACUGUGAUGCAGAUGCGAUGAACGCAUCUCGGGCAUUCUGUAUGGCAGGUUACUACUGCAAUGCUAACUCCACCACAGACAGGCCCACUGGGACAGGAGGCAACCGUUGCCCUUUGGGUCAUUACUGUGAACCAGGCACUUGGUCGCCUCAGCCAUGCCCACCUGGUUACUACCAGCCCAGCUAUAGUGCACAGAACAUCAGCUGGUGUGUGCUGUGUACAGCCGGUAGUUAUUGCAACCAAAGUGGCCUAGAUGCACCAAAUGGUCAAUGUGACCCAGGGUACUAUUGUCCUCCAGGACAAACAGUCAGGAAUCCCAGUUUGUAUGAGUGCCCUGCUGGGUACUACUGUCCUAAAGGAUCCAGCAGUGGUACUCUGUGUGCCUCUGGUACAUAUCAGGAUGAGGUACGGCAGUCAGGGUGCAAAGACUGUCCUAAAGGUUUCUACUGUGACAACAGCAAUGGAGCUAUCAUUUCAUAUUCAUUGUAUGUAUGCCCUGAAGGUCACUAUUGCCCUAAUGGUACUAAAGUGUCCAACCAGUACCCUUGCCCAUCUGGCACAUUCAGCAACAACACUGGCAUAGGUUCAGCCAGUGACUGCCUCAUGUGUUUAGGAGGGUUCUUCUGCCCUGGGGGCACAGUCUAUCCUUCCCUUCCAUGCAGUGCUGGCUACUAUUGUCAUACUGGUGCAAAGACUGCAGCUCCGCAGCAAGGAGCAGAUGCUGACAGGUGCCCAGCUGGACACUACUGUCCUGAAAGAACAACAGAACCACUGAAAUGUCCUCCUGGAACAUUCUCAAACACCACUCAGCUGAUGUAUGUCACAGACUGCACACCCUGUACACAAGGUUACUACUGCGACAGCUAUGGCCUUACAAAGCCAAGUGGUUUAUGCUCAGCUGGAUACUACUGUGUACAAGGUUCCAAUAUGUCUGCCUCAGAGAUAUGCCCACCUGGGAAAUACUGUCCUUUAGGCACAUAUACCCCUGCUAGAUGUCCUGCAGGGACUUACUCCAAUGCCACAGGUUUGAGCUCAUCAACCCAGUGCACAAACUGUACAGCUGGCUACUAUUGCCAGAAUACUGGUCUCACUGCUGAGCAGGGACUGUGUCUGGCAGGAUAUUAUUGUCCAACAGGUUCAGCAGUUGCAAAUAGUGUGAUUUGUCCCAUUGGUCAGUAUUGUCCAGAAGGUACCAAGGUGCCAAUAAGUUGUGCACCUGGCUCUUACACCAAUCGAACUGGCAUGUCAGCUUGUGACAUCUGUCCUGAUGGGUACUAUUGCCUUCCUGUGGCUUUUGGAACCUCACAACCAGGCUACUUCAGCUGCCCAGCUGGUUUCUAUUGUGGCAGUGGAACUGGAAUGAACUGGCAACCGUGUCCUAAAGGAACAUACAGUAAACAGCUCAGGCUGUAUAAGGUGACCCAGUGUACAGACUGUGAUGGCAGAUACUACUGCACUGAGGAGAAUGCCACUGCUCCCACUGGGCUGUGUCAUGCUGGAUACUACUGUCAGUCUGGUGUGGAUAGACCCAAUCCUGACAACAGCGUUGUCAAUUCCUCCUAUCCACCUAGUUGCCCUCUUCUUGGAGGUCACACAGGGUAUGGAGGUAUAUGUCCACGUGGCUACAUGUGUCCUGUGGGAAGUGAAGUGCCUCAAGGCUGUCCUGCUGGCUCCUACCAGAAUGAAGAGGGGCAGAGUACUUGCAAGACUUGCCCUGCUGGGUACUACUGCCUCACUAAUGCAACAGACUACUCCAGCAAUCCUUGCCCAGCAGGUCAUUACUGUCCAAAUGGUACAACAAAGGGUGAUGACUUUAGUUGCCCUGCAGGCACCUUUAACCCUGUUUUAACACAGAGCAGCAUCACUGCCUGUCUGCCAUGCACACCUGGUAUGCAUUGUCUGAGCCAAGGCCUUUCUUCCCCGACUGCCAACUGUACUCAGGGAUACUACUGCAUAGGGGGAGCCAAAGAGGCCUCACCCACAAACUCUAGUCAAGGAGGACGGUGCAAGAGGGGCACCUACUGUCCCGCAGGAAGCAAAAAUUACACAGAAUGUGAUGGAGGAAAAUACUGCGAGUUAGAAGGCAUGGCAGCUCCUUCAGGAAAUUGUUCUCCUGGUUACUACUGUAUUAAAGGAGCCUUUUUGCCAAACCCAUCUGAUGGUACGACAGGUGCGGAGUGCCCUCGUGGUUACUAUUGUCCAGUGGGCAGUACCUAUCCCAUACCUUGUCCCAUGGGAUAUUACCUGGACGCUGUCAAGAGCAGCGCACUCUCUGCUUGCAAGAUUUGCACAUCUGGAAAAUAUUGUCAACAGGAAGGCUUACAGUCACCUAGUGGGUAUUGUAAUCCUGGCUACUACUGCCCUGAAGGCCAGUCAUCAGCUACACCAGGUAACUACAGUUGUCCACCAGGACACUUCUGCAUUGGUGGGCUGGAAGCACCUAAGCCUUGUCCUUCAGGAACAUACCAGGAGGAUCAUGGAAAAUCGUCUUGUGAUACCUGUCCAGCAGGCUAUUUCUGCAAUGCAACUUUUGGUCCUGUGGUCUCCUAUAGUUCAUAUCUUUGUCCAGAGGGGUAUUACUGUCCUAAUGGCACUCAGCAUGCUGAACAAUUUCCAUGUCCUGUUGGGACAUACAACAAUCGCACAGGUUUGACCAAGUCACUGGACUGCACCAACUGUGUUGGAGGUAUGGCUUGUGAUCAGAGCGGUCUGACCUAUCCACUGCGUCCAUGUUCACCAGGUUACUUCUGCCGCAGCUCUGCAACGACCACCACCCCCACCCAAGGUUCAAAUGCUGAUAAGUGCCCUCCAGGAUCAUACUGUCCAGAAAAAACAUCAGAACCUUUCCCAUGCCCUGAGGGCACAUACAACCCUCAGUAUGUCAAGACCAGUGUUUCAGACUGCCUAAACUGCACUGCAGGUUACUACUGCAAUAAAACAGGGUUGGCGGCUGUAGUGGCAAAAUGCCAGGCAGGUUUCUACUGCCCUGCCGGAUCACACCAGUCAACAGAAGUGGUUUGUCCUCAAGGCAGCUACUGUCCCCAGGGAUCAGCCAUACCCUCUGCUUGUCCCAAUGGAACCUUUUCUAACCAUACAGCCUUGACAGCAGCUGCAGACUGCACAGCAUGUCUUAAAGGUUACUACUGCAAUGGCUUUGGUCUGACAACUGUGUCUGGCCCGUGCAGAAGUGGGUACUACUGUCCUACAGGCUCCAGUGUGGAGAAUCAGAUUAUCUGCCCCUCAGCUCGCUACUGUCCACAGGGCAGUUCUGAACCACAGAUGUGUCCUGCUGGAUACUAUGUUGACUACAGCGGUGCGAAGUGCAUGAUUCUUUCAUCAGGGUACUACUGCAUCCCAGAAUUGACAGUGCAAAAUGUAUCAUCCUCUGCAAAGUGGCCAUGCCCGAAAGGCUUCUUCUGUCCAAAUGGUACAGGAUAUGAUUGGCAGCCAUGUCCUGCUGGAACCUUCAGCAACAUAACUGGUCUGGGGCAGUCCUUACAAUGUACACCUUGUCUUGGUGGUUCUUUCUGCCAAGGUAGUAACUUGACAUCACCUACAGGCACUUGUCAGGAGGGUUACUACUGUGUAUCUGGAGCUGACAAGGCCAACCCUGUCAUGCUUAACAACACCCAGUGUCCUACAGAUACUGUGCAUCCCAUCAUUGGAAACACUUGCCCUCCUGGGCACUACUGUCCAAAAGGUACAAAAUACCCAGUUGGCUGCCCAUCAGGUACUUACCAAGACCUAGCCAAUCAGAAAGACUGUAAAAGCUGUCCUGAAGGGUUCUUCUGUUUGGCCAACACUUCAGAUUAUUCUGUCAACAUAUGUCCACCUGGGUACUACUGUCCAGUCAACACAACUGACCGGUACCAGCAUGCCUGUGGGGCUGGAACUUUCAACAACCUGACUCAGCAGAAGGAUGCUGGGGCCUGUGUUUCCUGUACACCUGGCACCUACUGUCAAGGUGCAGGCAAUGCAGCACCCACUGGCAACUGCUCUGCUGGCUGGUACUGUACUGGCGGAUCCUCCCAAGCCCACCCUUCAACUAAAGGUGGUCAGUGCCAGCCAGGCUAUUAUUGUCCAGAAGGGUCUUCUGCCAUGCUAAAGUGCACAGCUGGCUACUACUGUAACUCUUCAGGCCUGGUCACCCCCACAGGGCUAUGCAGAGCAAGCUACUACUGUCCUUUGGGGUCGAGCUCACCCACACAGGUGGACUGUCCUGUAGGAAGCUACUGCGUGGAGGGCAGUGAUGUACCAGCACCAUGUCGAAAUGGCACUUACAGCCCUGUGAAAAAACUAGCUUCACAGGGAGAAUGUACACCUUGUGAUGGUGGGCGCUACUGUAAUGGCACUGGACUGAGCAGUGUGUCUGGACCAUGUUCAAGUGGAUUCUACUGCCCUUCAGGUCAAGCAGUGCCCAAUCCCUAUGACUACUUAUGCCCCAAAGGACAUUACUGUCUGGUUGCAACAUCAACUCCCAUUCGAUGCAAAUCUGGCUUCUAUCAAAAUGAGCUUGGCCAGUCAUCAUGCAAAACUUGUCCAGAAGGGUACUACUGUGAUAACACAAUUGAACCCAUUGGAGAUUUGGCCAACUAUGCCUGUCCACCAGGUUAUUAUUGUCCUAAUCAGACUGAGCGUGCUAACCAGCAUCCUUGUCUGUCGGGCACCUUUAGCAAUCUAACGCAUCGGGUCAGUCAGUCUGAAUGCCAGCCGUGUUCUCCAGGCUACUACUGUCAAGCCAGUGGACUUGCAGAACCAGAAGGCCUCUGUUUUGCAGGGUACUACUGCGAGGGAGGAAACAGCCAACCCAAUCCAAGCAGUACCAUUUGUCCCAUUGGAAAUUACUGUCCAAAGGGGAGCUACAAGCCAACACCGUGCCCUGAAGGAACCCUUGCUACCAGUGAAGGCAACAGCAAUGAGACUGAUUGUGAACCUUGCAAACCAGGAACAUACUGUCUGCCAGAGAGCUCAAAGAAUGGGACCAGCCUUCCAUGUCAAGCAGGCUACAUCUGCAUCUCUGGGUCAAAUAUCCCUAAUCCCACUAAUGGCAUCAUAGGCUACAUUUGCCCUGUGGGUCACUACUGUCCAUCAGGAGCUGUGGCAGAAAUUCCUUGUGACAAAGGCACCUAUGCACCAAGAACCGGGCUGGGUACAUGUCUAGUGUGUCCAUCAGGAACUUCAUGCCCAACCCUUGGUAUGAAUGAUACCCUUCCAUGCCCUGCAGGAUACUACUGCCUGAAUGGAACAACUGGAAAUGGUGUACCCUGUCCCUUAGGUACCUACAACCCAUACACAGGUCUCAGCCAUAUCAGUCAGUGCUCAGGCUGUCCACCUGGCAAAUUCUGCAACAGAACUGGUCUUGAUGCACCAGGUGGUGACUGCUUAGCUGGAUUCUUGUGUAUUGAAAAUGCCACUCACCCUGCUCCUACUUCUGGCAUCAACAUGCCCUGUCCAGUUGGCCAUUUUUGCCCAGCAGGUGCUGUAUCAGCACAGAUGUGUCCUCAAGGAACUAUGCGUAAUCAGACUGGUGGCAGAUCCCUGACUGAUUGCUGGCCAUGUAAAGCAGGUUUUUACUGUGACCACGAGGGAGCUGUGCAAGCAUCUGGCGAGUGCCAAGAGCGCUACUAUUGUCCUGACACAGCAGAAAUCAAGUCACCAGCUCCAUCUUCCUACCUGUGCCCACCUGGAUUCUACUGUCCUAAGAAGACUGCCAAUCCAUUCCCUUGCCCACCAGGUACUUACCAAGACAGCUCAGGUGCUACCAGCUGCUUACCUUGCCCAGGAGGAUCCUACUGCCCUUCAAACACCAGCACACCUUUAGCCUGCCCUCCUUAUUCUUACUGUUCUAAUGAGACUGCGGAUCCCAUCUUGUGCCCAAAUGGAACUUACACUGAUGAUGUCACCACUGGUCUAACCUUUCCAGAAGAUUGCCAACAGUGCAUAGCAGGGAAAUACUGUGUUGGCGGCCGCAUUGCUGGGGAUUGUGCUGCUGGCUACUAUUGUGUUGUAGGGAUGGACCUUCCCAAUCCAAACAAUUCCUAUGCACCCAAUGGUCAGCUGUGUCCUUAUGGCUACUACUGUCCAGCUGGAACGCAAAAACCACAACUGUGUCCACUAUUAAAGUUUAUCGACAAGGAAGGUGCUGGUGAUGUCAGUGAUUGCCAGCCAUGUCCUGCUGGACGCAUCUGCCCUCAGAAUUCCACCAUCUCACAGCCUUGUUACCGUGGUUACUACUGCCCUGCCUCUAAGGAUCCUGUUCCAUGCCCAGCAACCACAUACAAUGAUGAGGAGAGAGCAAAGGAUGCUAGCUAUUGUAAGCCUUGUCCUGCAGGAUUCAUAUGUGAUGAAACAGCUGCCACCAGCUACAUGCGCAAACCAUGUCCUGUUGGGUCCUACUGUGUCAAUGCCUCAAGUAGUGCUGUGGUUUGCCCUCCAGGCACUUUCAGGGACCUUAUCAUGGGGGCCAGCAUCGAUGAUUGUUUCCUCUGCCCAGCUGGCUUCUACUGCCCAGACUUCAAUAUGACUUUCUCAGGUAUUCAGUGUAACCAAGGCAUGACUUGCCCUCCUGGAUCUUCCAUGCAGACUGUCUGUGCAGCAGGUUAUUACUGCAACAUGUCAAUGGACCAGGUACCCUGCCCUCUUGGCUACUAUUGUCCUGAGGCUUCAAGUUUCCCCAUCCGUUGCCCACAAGGCCACUACUGUGGCAGCAUUGAUGACUGUAAUAGUACCAAUGCAGGGGCUAUUGAACCUUUGAAGUGCCCAUUAGGCUACAAGGAAUAUGAUGGAUCACCACGACGUACUUUCAGCGACACUUGUGAGCCUUGCCUGCCAGGAUCAUAUGGCGCUGAUCCAAACCGAACAUCUUGCUCACCUUGCCGAGCUGGAGUGGUGUGUCUAGCGGCUGCUACAACUGAUAAUCCUGUUUCUAACAGCAGCUCUUUCGCUAGCGUUCUGGGUGUCAAUGCUACUAAUUCUUACCUGUGCCCUCCAGGGUACUACUGUCCUGAGAACAGUUCAAAACCCACUCCUUGCCCUGCAGGCCAUUACAAUCCUAAUGAAGAGGCAGGGUCUAUCAGUCAAUGCUCACCCUGUCCAGUGGACCACUACAAUCCUUACGAUGCUCAAACUCAGUGCUUUAUUUGUGGAGGUGAGGCAACACAGCCCAGUAAAGGACAAACAACUUGUCAGUGUGUUGGUGCUGGGCGAGACUUCCAGCUGAGUGACAAAACAUGCCCAUGUCUGCCUGGCUAUGUUGACAAAGGAGAGCAGGACUGUGUUAAGACAGUCUAUGACCUUUGUGCUGAAGGGCAGUAUCGUUACCAGGAUGGCCGCUGCUUGAGUGAAACUGACUUUGUGACACUUUGUUCAGAGAGUGUCUGUGCUUCACCAGCUGAUUAUACUGGCUUUGAUCGUCUACUGGGCUUGUGCUUAUGCAAAGUGGAGGAUAUAGAGGAAGUAUGCAGUCUUGAAUGCCGCAGAAAAUCCAAAUACAGGCUGACCUUUGUUUGUGCUGCUUCUCCAGCCAUCCCUUAUCUCAACUUUCGAGACAGCAAUAACAACACUUUGAAACAAAUUCCAACAGCAAGUGCUUUGAGCAUAAUCAAUGCCAGGAACUCCAUCACAGCUGACCAGUGUGGCAGUCUGGACAAUAGUGAAACUUCAGUUAGUAUCGUGGAGACAAGUGAAGCUGGCUUUCUUGGUGUCUACAACCCUGACACCACACAGUUGUUGGAUCUGGUGGAAGGAAACACGAAAGGCACCUAUUCUGGUAACAGCACCUCAGGCUUCACAUUCUCACGCCGCCGUCUGCUGUCUACAUCUUCUGUGAAUGGUUCCAUUUUCUCAGGGAUUGCUAACCCCACUGCUUGUCUUGAGUAUGGGCAGCUGAUGUUUUUCUCUGUCAGCAAUACCUACUAUCCCAUCUAUGACAAAAACAACUUGUACAACACCAAUGACAAGUUUGACUACGGAGGAUUCCGGGCACUGAUGGAAGCUCAAUCGCAGGUUGCCACCUCCACCACACUGUUUGCCUACAAGUUCACUGACCCUGGUGUGUAUGUGUUUUACCUCAGCACGGACAUCAAUAAAAAGAUGUAUGUUCGAGUGAUGACCCAAGAUGCCCAGUGUUCCACCACUGGCCCGUUCUUCCCAACAACUUCCAGUAGCAUCAUUGCAAGUGGCAUUGCUGUGAGCAGUGACAUUCUGAAGGAGCCAGACUGGCCAAUCAUCUUUAUUCUCCUGGCUGCUGCUUUCCUGUGUAUGAUCAUCAUGAUAAUACUGCUGGUGCUGUUCCGCAAGUACGGGUGGUCUAAAACAUCGUAUUUGUUUCCUUUCUACCGUACCGAAACUAGGCAUUAUAAUUUUGAUGACUAUGCCAGUAAAGGGUCAGUGGUGUAUCCAGUCAAGAAGUAUCAUCGCAACAUGCAAGCGCUCACAAGUAGACAGCAUGAGUUUGGUGAACAGGCAGCUAUACUGGAUGGUGAGGAUGUAGAUGUACCUGUAGAUGUGUAUGAAAAUGAUGAGUUCUGGGAUUAUGACCGGCAAGUUGACUUGGAAGGGUUCUCCUCCAAACAGCUGUACGACACUCUCUCAUACCAGUCACGUGUAGUCACCACAUCUAUUGGGCAGCACAAAGACAAUGCGAAGCAAAUGUACCAGAAAAUCGUCAGUCAAACAGAAUCCCUGAAAGGUCUUUGGGCUGCUAAAAUGAACCUUCACAGUAAGGGAGCCCACAUAAGUGAGGAAGAUCUUUUGAGCUAUGAAAGGAAAUUGCACAGCCUGGAGCUAGAACUGGCCAGAAGAAAGGAGCUUGGAUGUCAGUUUGGGGCUGUCCUGGAUCGACAGGCACAGCUCUUUGCUGAUGAUGAAACUGGCAGAGAAAAUCACCAGGUGAAUUUCCAAGCACCCCUGCGUGAAGCGCUUCGCUUGCUGACAGAACAUGCAGCUAAACUGCAGAAUAAUGAACUGUACAAUGCUGAUGUUGACUUCUGCCAAGAUCUUCACAAGGCUCUCAAUCAUCGUGUGACAUUGCUGCUAGAGAAAAUCUCAGAUGAAACUACCAGUGAAUGCAAGAGGGUCGGCGCAUGGGGUGUUCUGGGGCAAGGCACUGGUGGCCAGCUGCUGGUUGGUAGCUCUAGAACCCCAGCAACAAGAGAAGAUCUUUUUGACAAGUCAGGGAAUGUCCACUCAUCAGCUAUCAUAAUAGAUGAGAAGACAGGGCUGCUUGUUCCCAGAUCUGGCAGUCAGAUGAUGUUGGCUGAUGGCACUGUCACCAAUAUUCCACCAGACUAUGCUGUACAUCCACAGACUGCAAGGGUACUACCAGUUGCUGGGAAUGUGGCCUUCGAUCCUAUCACUUCAAGGCUUGUCUUUGUGUUAGACUCAGCAACAGGUGAGGCAGCCACAUCAGAUGAGCCCUUCAUUCCCUUUGUUCCAUACCCAGUCAACUCCACUACUGGUGACCCUGUUAUCACUAAGUUGAAGCCACUGAAGAACAGAAGUGAUCUUCGCUAUGGUGCGCCGAUGGCAGAAUCGCAUUGUGGCCUGCAUGUACCAAUUUUAGCUAUUACAAUUCAUCCACAAACAGGAGCUGUCCUACCAAUAGGAGGUAUCCAUUUGGAUCCUGUUACAAGCCUCCCUGUUCCCAUUGAAAUUGGCUCAUUCAUGACGGAUACAGAAACUGGACAAGCUGUUCCUAUACUUUCUGUUACACUGGAUGAACACACAGGUGUUGUAGUACCUGUUGGAGGAACAAAAUUUGGAGAGAGGACACGUAUUCCCAUCAUGUCUGGUGACUCGUUCGUUGAUCAACUCAGCAGCAGACUUGUGCAUGUCCGUGGUGGUGUUAGGAUGUCCAGUGGUGUGGUGCCUUCAGCUGGUGGAUACCAGUCUCUUCUGGAUUCUUCAUCGCUUGCCUGUGAAGCUCGUUUGCUUGAUGCUGUAAAACAGUACAAAGAUGUCAUCUAUAAUGCUGGUUGUGAAGGUAGUACCAUGGAUAUACGCCAUGAAGAGUGCAAUGUUGAAAAUGUGAAGAAAGAAUUGCAGAAGAUACGCAAUCGUAUGAAGUCACACUUGCUGCGUACUCGCCAAGACAUUGAUCGCAGAAAGAGACGUGCAGAAAUUCUAGCUAUGACUGGUGGUUCUCCAGGUAUGUAUGAGUUCACCAAGACAGGGCAGUUGUUGCCCAUACUUGUCGGGACAAGCAUGGCUGACCCUGCAGGAUCAGGAUAUGAUGUUCCCAUUUUGGGAGCAGACUGUGACAGCAGAUCUGGAAAAAUCAUCCCCUUGGGAGGCACUAUGGAAGAUAUGGAAGGAGAAGGCCUGGUUCCCAUCGUGAUUGGUAAGAAAGCAGUUGACCUAGUGACUGGGGAGGCAAGUCCAGUUGUUGGAGUUCGUCUAAACCCGGAGUCACAGCUAGUGGUACCAGUUACCCUUGCCUCUAGUUCCCAUCGCAAACCAAAGCCUCCACCAGGAGCAGUGGGCAAACUAGAGGAAGAAAUCGUAGCUCGCAGGGGUUUCUGGCGGCGUCAGAGGCAGAAAGAACAGGAGCUUGCACGGAAGGAACAAGAGUUGGCAGUGACUAUGAUGUUCAACUUAAACACUGUCUCGACAACUCAAGUACAAGCAUCUCUGGAAGAAAUUGGGAGUGCAGUCAGAACUCUGCAAGACAGUUUCAAACAGGAAGUCCAGCGCCGCGGAGCAGCUCAGCAGGACUACGCCACUGUCAUUCCAGUGGAUGUCAUAGGCAUCCUUGUGGCUGGUGACAAAACCGAAAAUGAACGAGAAGACAGUCACAGUGCUGCAAACAUACGAUUCUCAGAGGCCGUGCGCAAGUUCUGUGUCAAGAUGCAACAAGAGGAGAAGAGGUACAAGGACAGAAUGGAUGAUCUUGAAGGUGCUAUGAAUCCAGAGGCAGAAAAUGCUACUCUACAACGAUACAAGCGCAAGGUUAGACUUCAGGCAGAGCUUCGUGACCAGCUUCGGGCAAUGGUGGAGUCAGUUGAUGAUUGUCACUCGGCUCUGGAAUAUGCUCGCGAGUUUUCUGAGCUGAGUUUGGCUGAAGCCAAAGUGGUUCUCACUCGUAGUGCCCUUCUUGCAGGAGACUACGAUAGUCAGUUAGUUGGUGUCUAUGGAGAUUCACACUUGUCUGGUGAUAGUGACUCAGGGCUGAUUCCACUUAUGCGACAGUUGAUAGCCCUACUGGAAUCAGGUGGCCCGUUCUAUCUGUCUUCAGAGCUUUUGAACUUUUUGCAACAGGCUUCUGGAGGAGUGUCCAAAACUCAGGUGACCAACAUCAACAUUCAUGGUCACAUGAGCUCACGACAUAAUGCACAGCAACAUGCACAGAAAGAACCAGUGAAGACUACUUUAGUUCAGAGUUCAGCAGCAAGGCUAUACAGCAAAGAUAAUGAAGAAAAACAGGUCUCAUCAUCUUCAGAGGUGGUUGUCAUUGGUGACAUGUCAAGAGUCCAGACUACAAGAACACCCCGGGAACUAGAGAACAAGAAAAAAUGUUUGUUUGAGAAGCAAGCAUACGAGGCAGCUAAGCUGGAAAAUGACCUGCAAGUUCAGGAGACGAAAGCAAUGGAAGAGAUCAUCGAUGACUUUGAGAAGAAGAAACAGGCCAGUCAGCAAGACCUGGCAAAAGAGCUUUUAGCCAAACUGGCACAAGCCAAGACUGAGCAAGAAACUGAGAAUGUUUUGAUGGAGUCUGCGCAUAAAAUGGCUAAAUUAAAUGUUCCUUUAGAGAGCCAGAAGCAGCAGCAGCUAGCCAAGUUGCAGCAAAAGCUCCUAGACCGACGACGGCAGCAGAAGAAAGCCCUGCAUCUCCAGCACAUAGCAGAGGCUCGUGCUGAAGGUGUUGGGGCAGAGGAGGUUCCUGAUGUCCGAGUCAAGUCACAUGGGGAAAUGUUGCAUGACCUGAAGGUCAAGCAGCUUAUUUUGGAGGAACAAAAUGCUGAACUUAAGAAGUCAGUCAGUCAGCUACCGGAACAGAUGUUUGAUAAGAUAGAUGAUCCUGAUUACAUAACCCUACUUAAAGAGCUGGGUGUGGACAGCCUUGACACUGCUGACUUGCUCAAGAGGCUUCAAGACAGGAGAAAGAACUUGAACACCACAAGUCAGAAAUUAGGCAACAUGCUUCAGAAUCGAAAAGGUAGACUGCAGAUGCAGCAACCAUCAGACAAGGAACUGCAGGGUCUGACUGAUAAGGAGAAACAAAAUCUUCUUGAUGUUCACCUUGCUCAGACUGAUGCAGACCGUUCCAGUGAAGAAAGUGCACUAAUGGCAAGUUGGAAGGAGCUUGAAAAAGCGCACUUAAGACAGGAGCAGGAAGAAGCCUUACGUGAGAUGCUGAAAUCCCUCAGCAAGUCAGAGUGUGACAAAAUUCUUUGUGCCCACAACAAUGAAUUGAGGCAGCUGGAGAGCAAGCGAAACCUUGAGCAAUACCGCCAACAAGACAAGCUGACUGCUAAGCUUGCUGCACGUAAGCGCCUGCGUGAGCAGCUUGAUCGUGACAAGGUUGUCAAUAAAGAACUGGAUCACAUCACCAAGAUGCAUGCUGCUAGGUAUGAUAACGAUGCAGCCCAGGUGAUCAGCAACAUUAGCAGCCAGCUUAAUGGAGAAAACUUGACUCCAGAGCAGGAAGCAUUGGUGCAGCAUCAGCUGCUGCAGCAAGAGGGACUAGAGCUGCAGCACUUGGAGCAGCUGAGAAGAGCAGAGAGAGCACUGGAGGAAGAGCUUGCAGCUCAACAACAGCGUCUUGAUGACCAGAUCAGAGAACAACAAAAACUGGUGAUAGACACGCACCAAGCUAAGUUUGAUAGAGAAAUACUACUACAUGGCGAUAAAUUAUCAGAAGAGGAAUAUCAGAAGCUGCUAACAAAACAUAAACAGGAACAGGAAGCCCUUAAGAAGAAUUUUGAGGCAGAAUAUCUGCGACAGUUUUCCUCUCUUAGAGAUAAGCUCAAUGAACAACACCAACAGUUCAUUCAACCAUUAAUAGAAAGGCAGCAAGCAGAGAUGUCUGAGGAAAACAUCCGUCUGCAACAGGAGCGGGACAAGCUGAAUGAAAACCUUGCUCGUCAGGUUGAGAGUACCACGCUGAAAGAUUCUGUUGUGGGUAAAGAUGGGGAGAAAGCAGAAAACAUGAUAUAUACAGUUCUCAGACAGCGACACAUAAAGGAGGCCAUCCAUCUGGAGGAACAGCUAGCAAGGGCUAGGGAGGCAGCAGUCAAACAGCAGCUUGCUGAUUUGGAGAAAAAGCGUCAGGAGGAGCGGAAAAAACUCACCUCUGCGUUUGAACAGGAGCUCCUAGAACUUGUAGGAAAUGCUGGCACUGAAUCAAACAAGGAACUUACAGCUAAAAAGGAGAAGCUUCGACAGAACCAACAGAAGCAGCUGAAAGAUUUUGAUGACCUGACUUCUGAUCUCCUUGAACAAGCAAAGAACAAAGUUCAUCCAGAACAAGAGGUUGAAGGUAUAUAUGCCCGUCUGGAACUGAGAGAAAAGCAGCUUAAAGAGCUGGCUGAGGCCAUGAAUGGCUAUUGCUCUGUAAGUGAGCUGCAGAGAAAAUAUGAACUAGAUGCAAAGGCUGAAGAAGAGGCAGCAAAAUACAAACGUGAGAUGUUGAACAAGAUGCAGCUGGAGUUGGAAAAGAGGAAAGCUGAACAAAAGAUAAGAGAAGAAGAAAGGAAAAACAAGAUUCUUGCACAGCUGAAACUACUGGAGAAAGAAUUGGAAGAAGAGCAUAGACGCGAAGUGGAACGUCAAAAAGAGCGGUCAGCUGAAAAAGAACGAUUGCACCAACAGCAGGUUGCUGAACGUGAUCGUGCUCAAAGAGAAGAGAUUCUUGCAGCUAACCUCAGUAGAGAAGAGAAAGAACGUUUGCUUAAAGAGCAUGAAAGAAACAUGGCAAAACUCAAGGAAAGCAUUCAACAAGAGCAGUCACGUGCGCAGAUGUCCUUGGCAGCCAAACUUGAGGCACGACGCAAACAGUGCCAUCAGGCUGAGGUAGCCAAGCUAGAGAAAAAGGAACAGCUUGAUGCUGAUGAUGAACUGAGGAAUCAACUGCGCCAAAAGAAGCAGGAGGAAAGUCUGCAAGGCAGCAAGAUGUCCAAUUAUACACCUGAAAAUGGGAAGCAAGGGGAGAGUACUGCUGAUGGGCUUCCUAAGCUGACUGGAUUUAGUUCAUCAGGUAAUGCAGAACAGGACUGGGUAAAUCUUUUGAUGGCGUCUCCACUCUUCAAGCAGAUCAAUGACCUCGAGGAGAUGUUGUCUCAGUCUCAGCCGUCAUCAUCUGUUGACAUUUCUAUUGGCGGAACACAAGUCCAGGGAGCGGAUUACUCCAAGCCUUACAUUGAUGUCAAAGAUGCUCAGUGGGUCUGCAAAGGAGAGCUGGUUCCAACAAACAUAAAUGGCAUUGCCCCGAGUCAGUUUGUUGUGUACCGUUUUGGGGUCUUCCUCAUUCGCAUGCUUCACCAAAGCAUUGGCACACCAGAUGUGACGUUGCUUCUGGCAUCCAACCUUCCUCCCAACAACUACCACAACAAUGCUUUCCGCAACUCUGUCUUCUAUCAGCAUUCCAACAAGAUCCUCUUUGUCCGUCAAGAACGUAUUAAGUCUAUUGGAGAGUUUGCCAUGGUGAUUCUUCAUUCUCUGGCUCACAUCAAGGCAGGCGAUAUGACAGAUGAUGCCAACGUUCUUUUCCUCAGAGUUUUUUACAAGGCAAUGAAAGAGGUUUGCCAAGACAUGUUCUUCUCUAGGACACGGAACUUGCAGGCUGCACAUGGUAGUGUUGGAGCAAGAUCACACUCGCGUGCUGCCCUGGAACAAAUGUUGACAGGUUCUCUGUCACCUGAUGAUCGAAUCAAUGCCAUCCAUGAGCUUAUUGAUAUCAGAGUGGAAUCUCCAACGCGCCUUGACUUCUCAGACAAGAAAAUGGCCCAGCGCUUGUGUGGCUAUGAGAGCGUUGCUAGUAAUGCCAGACUGAGGCAAACCCUGGCUGCUAAAGGAGGCUACAUGGCAUCAGGAGAUUUCAUUAAUUCUCGCAUGGCAGAACUCAAAGGCAGCCCCAGUCACACACCCAGCAGCCCCAGCCGCAGACAAGGGGCAGCACUAGUAAAGUCUCCACGAGAUCUGCUGGACACUCAGGUUGUCAGCCUGCGCCACAGGAACGAUGAGCUUAGCUCUGAAGUUUUGCAGGUUCUGAAGCUUGAGUCUGAACUGCGAGAGGGGCUGAAGGCAGCAAGCAACAGAGCAGACAGUGAAAAGGCUGGCCAACUACAAGAGCAGUUAACCCAAACACUGCUGCAUAAGGAAGAUCUUUUAAAGCAGAGUUCUUUGCUAGAGGAGCAGAUAUACCAGAAAGAGAAGGCUCUAAAGUCUCACCGGAAAUGAUUCAAACAAUAUACAAACCUUACUGAGUGUGAAGGUAGUCACUCAUGCCGGUUUUUCUUUAGAAAAGACAUUAAAUCAGAUAAAAUUACUUUCCUGAAUUAAGGUUGUAUAAGCAAGUUGUUUUAGUUUUAUUAUUUAAGCUUGAAACAAAGACUUUUUGAUGCAUCAAAUUAAAAGCAGUUUCCAUGCUGUUUUCAGAUAUGCACAUUCCUUUUCAUUAUAUAAUGCAAAACGAACUUUUCCCAUUUUAAUUAUAUAAUUUUCCUGUCCCUUUUGGACAGUACUAACACUUUCACUGCAUGUAGUCUCUUUUUUCAUUUUCUUCUUUUUGUUUUAAAAAAAUCCAAGUGUGGUUCAUUUCAGGUAGUGUGGACUGUGCUAAUUUAACAUUCAUCUAGUGGCUCACGCACAAGAACUGUUCAUUCUAAUCCUUUGUUCUACCUUUGUGUAAGUUGUGAAUAAGGGCUAUGGCAAUGGUCAAACAUUUUAUUGUGGAAUACCCAUGAUGUGGUACUUCCUGCAAGAUGAUAUUCACCUUUUUUCAUUUCAAAGCUUUUUGGACCUUUUUUCCAGUCUGAUGAAACCUGUUCCACACUUAAUUUUUUUGUUUGGACCUUUUAACUGUUGUUGGGUUUGUGUAUAGUUUACAUGUAUAGAAUGUUUACAAGUGUUCUUAUUUUAAUAUUUUGUGAUAAGAAACUCUACUUGAUAUUGAUACCUCUAAUCUUAACAAUUUUAUGAUUAAUGACAACCUUCAAUGGAGCCACAAAUGAAACAAAAUGUGAUAUCUUAUGCUGUGAUAGAUUUUGUUAGUGAUAAACAUCAUUGUGAGCAUUAUUUGCUGUAUUUAACGUCCAUCAGUUUUUGCUGUUAAAGUCAUUCCAUGUUUCCUUUAUGUACAUUACUUUUUUUCAAGUGCAUGUCCAGACUUGAAAGCCUUCAGUAUAUUUGACAAAAAUGCUCUGGAAAGUGCCUUGGAUAUUUUCACUUAUUAGUGAUACACUGAUGCCGUCCAUUUCACUUCUAUCAAAGCAUUGUGUAUUUUCGAAUGAUUACAUUUCUACCAUGAAAACAA